UAUAAAGAAUUGCACAUGCCCUGAACGUCGCUUUUGAGUUCUUGUCAUAACAACGACCUUGCACCAUACUGGAAGCCGUCCAGUCCAUUCACCCCCUAGCUGCCGACCAAGCUCGCUAGUACAAGGAUGAAGAACUUUGCAACUCUCGCAGCUUUCGCUGCUGGAGGAAAUGCCCUCGUCAGCCGCGCCGACUCAUGUUGCUUCCACCUGACUGCUUCGGGCGCCGCAUCUGGCACGGUAGGCCAACUUGGUGAUGGCCAGAAUCGCCUCGGUGGUGGUCUUUCUGCAGCCUCGUUCUGCAUCGAUUCGAACGGUGCGAUUACUGACAGCAGCGGACGUGGUUGUGUCGUGACCAGUUCUGUGACCCAGUUCCAGUGUGAAUUGGGUUCUACCGCCCAGACUGGCUUCUCAAUUUCGUCCGGCGGUCAGCUGGAGUACCAGGGCGACUCUACAUUUGUGGCAUGCCAGACGGGUGACAACGGUGAAUUGAACAUCUACACCACUGAGAGCUCCGCGGUGACUGGUUGCUCGAGCAUCACGCUGGCCGCCGACUCUUGCUCGGGUUCCGGUGCUGGUGCUGGUGGCGGCGGCGGCACAGCUACGGCAGUGUCAUCGGUUCAGGUGCCCGGCCAGUCUGGCAAACCCGGCUCGGUUCUUCCAGGUCAAUCAUCUUCCUACAUUCCGGGUGGCGCUGCUUCAAGUGCACCCGUGCCUGGCGGGGUUUCCCCAGGUCAAUCUUCUGCUUCCAUACCGGGUGGACCUGUCUCCAGUGCACCAGUGCCUGGCACUGGAUGUGCCUCCGCUCAGACAGUUACCGUCACCACUACCGUGAUGCAAUCCAAUUGCGCAGCAGGAACUUCUGGUGUUCCUGUGCCGAUUCCAAUUCCUGGUUCUAGUGUUCCUGGCGUUCCUCAGGGUGCACAACCUGCCGGCACACAACCUGCCGGCACUCAACCCGCAGGAACUCAGCCCGCUGGCACUCAGCCCGGAGGUGGAACUCAGCCAGCUGGCACUCAACCAGCUGGAACUCAGCCCGCUGGCGGUACUCAACCCGCUGGCACCCAGCCCGCUGGCACCCAGCCCGCCGAAACUCAGCCUGCAGGAACUCAGCCAGCUGGCACCCAGCCCGCUGGCGGUACUCAGCCCGCUGGAACUCAACCCGCUGGGACUCAGCCCGGCGGAACUGCACCUGGUGGAACCCAACCCGCUGGCACCCAACCCGCUAGCACUCGGCCCGGUCAGCCUGGCGUGACUCAAUCUGCUGGUACCCAGCCUGUUCCUGUUCCGAUCCCAAUUCCUGGAACUAGUGUUCCAGGUGUCCCUCAUACUACUCAGCCCGGUGGAACUCAGCCUGCCGGCACUCAACCAGCUGGUACUCAGCCCGCUGGAACUCAGCCCGCUGGAACUCAGCCCGCUGGAACUCAGCCCGGCGGAACUGCACCUGGUGGAACCCAGCCCGCCGGCACUGCACCUGGUGGAACUCAGCCCGCCGGCACUACGCCCGCCGGUACUCCGCCCGCCGGCACUGCACCUAGUGGGACUCAACCUGCAGGCACUCAGCCCGCUGGAACUCAGCCCGGCGGAACUGCACCUGGUGGAACUCAGCCCGCCGGCACUACGCCCGCCGGCACUGCACCUAGUGGAACUCCGACCGCAGGCACUUCGCCCGCUGGUACUCCGCCCGCCGGGACUGCACCUAGUGGGACUCAACCUGCAGGCACUUCGCCCGCCGGUACUCCGCCCGCUGGAACUGCACCUGGUGGAACUCAACCUGCAGGCACCAAGCCCGCUGGCACUUCGCCCGCUGGUACUCAGCCUGCCGGUACUAAAUCCACCGGAACCCAGCCUGCGAGCACUCAACCUGCUCCCUCAGGAACAUCCGGAGGCGCCAGCAGUACUCAAUCAUCAGCUUCCGCUACUCGGUCAGGCGCUGCCAGCUGCCCGACUGAUCUGUCUGGUGACUAUGAGUAUCCUCAUCUCAUUGUUCCUGUCAACUCCUCCACCCCUGAUACCGCCUAUGGCUCUCAGCUCUUCGGCACCGUUUCGUCCACAGUGUCGACCAUCUUCAAUUUUGAUAUCCCAUCUUCUGACUCCGGCAAGACAUGCAGCCUCAUCUUCUUGUUCCCUAACAAGGAGGACCUUGAGACCUCUGAUUACACCUUCAGUGGUGACGGCAAGGUUGACUUUUCUCAGCUGACCUCUGCUGCUGGAUUGAAGACCACUUAUAACACCGCUCCGUCGGUCAAACAGGACUAUGGAGAAAUCACCAUUUCACCCGGAAAUUCCUACUUGGUUGCCUCUUUCUCGUGCCCGGCUGGUCAAACCGUGGGUUAUGAAAUGAAGGGAACCGGCAACACCUACCUCAACUUCUUCGAGGACUAUAACCCAUCUCCUCUCGGUCUGUUUAUCACCGUCUGUUAACUUGGUUUUCUCUCGACGGGUUAUCCUUCGGACAAAACGCGAACAUGAAUCCUGGACCCAUACUUUACUCCUUUUCGUUUCUUAAUUUAUACUGAAUAUUCCCUUCUAGUUCUGGCAAUAUGAUUAUUUUCUUUGAUUAUGGAACACAGAUGAGAGC